AUGCGACAGGAUGACAACGAAAAGCAGAUAUGUCCGAUCCCAGGACCUCGAGGUCUACCAUUCCUCGGGAAUAUCCUGGACAUCGAUCUAGACAAUGGCACAAUGUCCACGCUUGAGAUUGCGAAAACAUACUACCCUAUUUUCAAAUUCACCUUUGCGGGAGAGACAUCCAUUGUCAUAAACAGCGUGGCUCUGCUCUCUGAAGUCUGCGAUGAAGCCCGAUUUCAUAAGCAUGUCUCCUUUGGCCUCGAGCUACUCCGGUCCGGCACACAUGACGGGUUAUUUACUGCGUAUGAUCAUGAGAAGAACUGGGAGCUUGCGCAUCGGCUGUUAGUGCCAGCCUUUGGUCCAUUACGAAUCCGUGAAAUGUUUCCACAAAUGCAUGAUAUCGCGCAACAGCUAUGUCUCAAAUGGCAACGCUAUGGUCCAAGGAGGCCCUUGAAUCUAGUUGACGAUUUCACUCGCGCAACUCUUGAUACAAUUGCGUUAUGUGCAAUGGGUUACCGAUUCAACAGCUUCUAUUCUGAAGGCGACUUUCAUCCCUUUAUCAAGAGUAUGAUCGGAUUCCUGAAAGAGGCAGAAACGCAAGCAACCCUGCCUUCAUUUAUCAGCAGCCUUCGUUUUCGUGCGAAGAAGCGGACUCAACUGGAUAUUGAUCGUAUGCGCACCGUGUGUCACGAGAUUGUUAACGAGCGUCGACAGACGAACCUUGGUCGCAAGAAUGACCUACUUGAGACAAUGCUGACCUCUCGAGACAGCUUAUCUGGGGAUACGUUAAGCGACGAAUCGAUCAUCAAUAAUAUGCUGACCUUUCUGGUCGCUGGCCACGAGACUACUUCAGGGCUCCUGUCAUUUGCGAUGUACUACCUGUUGACAACGCCUGAUGCCAUGGCUAGGGCAACUCAUGAGGUAGACGAUGUCGUUGGCGAUCACGAGCUCACGAUUGAACACCUCUCAAAACUCAAAUAUCUUAAUGCUAUUCUUCGUGAGACCCUACGAUUAAUGCCCACCGCACCCGGGUUUAGCGUUACGCCGUAUAAACCAGAGGUAAUUGGGGGCAAAUAUGAGGUCAAGCCAGGAGACUCACUGGAUGUGUUCCUCGCGGCUGUGCAUCGAGAUCCUGCCGUAUACGGGUCCGACGUCGACGAGUUCCGCCCGGAAAGGAUGUUGGAUGAACACUUCAAGAAGCUUCCGGCAAACUCGUGGAAGCCCUUUGGAAAUGGUAAAAGGAGUUGUAUUGGGCGGGCUUUUGCGUGGCAGGAGGCACUGAUGAUCCUGGCCUUGAUUCUGCAGAAUUUUAGAUUCAAUUUGGUUGACGAGGACUAUGCUUUAAAAAUCAAAGAGUCACUCACUAUAAAACCAGAUAACCUGUGGGCCUAUGCGACACCACGACCGAGCCGAAACAUGCUUCACGCCCGAUUGUCGCCCCAAACGAAAAGUGCACAUCCGGAGGGGGUCGUGUGUUUGAAGCAUGAGGCAGUAGAAUCCCAGCCAGCAACCAUUCUGUAUGGCUCAAACAGUGGAACUUGCGAGGCCCUGGCCCAUCGAUUGGCUACCGAAAUGAGUAGCAAGGGCCCAUUCGUCUGCAAAGUACAACCUUUGGACGCGCUCGAGCACCGCCGACUACCCCGAGGCCAACCCAUGAUAAUCCUCACUGGGUCAUACGACGGGAGGCCGCCUGAAAACGCACGGCAAUUUGUCAAUUGGCUCCAUUCCCUGGAGGGGAAUGAUCUGGAAGGGAUCCAGUACGCCGUCUUUGGAAGCGGACACCACGACUGGUCGACCACCUUCUAUAAAAUUCCCAACCUCAUAGAUGUCAUCAUGGCAGAACAUGGUGGAGCUCGUCUAGCCCCACGAGGGUCGGCGGAUACCGCAGAAGAUGACCCCUUCGCUGAGUUAGAGUCAUGGAUGGAAACGAACCUCUGGCCUGGCCUUGAGGCUGCGUUCAGCUUUAAGCACCCCGGCUCAUCAGAUGAGACUGGGAAUAGCACCAGGAUAACCAUUCGAUCACCCUACCCGUUGCGCGCGGUUUACGAAACAGCUGUCAUUGAUCAAGUUCGCGUGUUGACAUCCGCGGGAACCACCAAGAAAGUCCAUGUUGAGCUUGCCCUGCCCGAAACAGUCCACUACCAUCCUGGUGAUCAUCUAGCUGUUUUGCCCCUUAACCCUCGACGGAGUGUGCAGCGGGUGCUUUCACUUUUCCAAAUAGGUUCGGAUACUAUCUUGUAUAUUACAUCUAGUGGUACUACCUCCUUGCCGACAGAUACUCCCAUAUCUGCCCACGACCUGCUCAGCGGCUACGUGGAAUUGAAUCAAGUGGCGACGCCUGCUAGCCUGAGAUCCUUGGCUACGAAAGCUACCGAUGAGAAAACUGCACAGCAUCUUAAAGCCCUCGCUUCAGAUCAAUAUACAACGGAAGUCCGGGAAAAACAGUUAUCCCUUUUGGAUAUAUUAGAACGCUAUGCCGUACCAUCAAUUGAGAUUCAGCAUUAUAUCCAGAUGUUGUCACCCCUUCGUCCCCGCCAAUACACCAUUUCCUCGUCUCCGCGGAUGAACCGUACUCGGGCUUCGUUAACUGUUUCUGUCGUAGAGAGAGCAGAAAUUGGCGGGCCUAGAAACUGCGCUGGAGUAGCAUCAAACUACCUAAUGAGCUGUAUACCCGGGUCCAUCCUCCGAGUAUCUCUACGGCAUGCCAAUCCCGACUUCCGACUCCCAGAUGAGUCACUCUCUCACCCCAUCAUCAUGGUUGCCGCUGGAUCAGGCAUUGCACCCUUCCGCGCAUUUGUCCAGGAAAGAUCCAUCCGACAGAAGGAGGGAAUCAUCUUAGCCCCAGCCUUCCUAUUUUUCGGUUGCAGGGGCGCUCACUUGGACGACCUCUAUCGCGAGGAGUUAGAUGGUUUCGAGGAACAGGGAGUGGUGACCCUCUUUAGAGCCUUUAGCAGGGCUCAGAAUGAGAGUCAUGGCUGUAAAUACGUUCAAGAUCUGCUAUGGAUGGAAAGAGUGAAGGUGAAGGCGCUUUGGGAGCAGGAUGCUAAAGUCUUCGUGUGCGGCAGCGUUAGAAUGAAUGAAGGGGUGAAGGCAACGGUUUCAAAGAUUGUUUCUCCUACGCCGACAGAAGAAGUGGCGCGGCGAUAUGUGGCGGAGACUUUUACAUGA